UAACUAUAUAUAAUAGACGCGUCCGCAGACACGUAUUGCAUCAGUUCCCUUCCUAGUCAAAUGCAUCUCUCACGACACUCGUCAAGUGAAGCUCGUGGACAUUGGCGCAAGGCGCAACAAUGGAAUCAUUGCCCCCUUCGAUGCCGCCGCCAACCACGGCCGGCUCCGUCCAUCGCGACGGGCCCCAGAUGAUGGAGAUGGACGUCGACGGUGAUCUCGUCCUACGCGUUGGCUCCGAGCUUGGCAAGGCACAGGACUUCCGAGUCUGCUCGGCGACGAUGCGGCGCGCGUCUCCGAUCUGGAAGAUCAUGCUCUUUGGUCCUUGGAAAGAGGCGAAGCCGACCGAGGGGAACUGGCGCGUAGAUCUUCCCGACGACAACCCAUGGCCGAUGGGCAUCCUUCUCGCCAUCAUCCAUUCCAAGUUCGGCCUGGUACAGAGGGUCGAGAGCCUCGGCGAGGUGCACGAGAUCCUGCUCGUCGCCGACAAGUAUGACAUGACCGCGCUCCUCCAACCCUGGGCCGCCUGCUGGAUCCAUCUCCGACUCCCGACACCCCCGGGCACUGGAUCGCGGGUGACCGGUCGUGAGUUGAUGCUGAGAAUUCAUGCUGCCUGGGAACUCGGAGACGAAGGAAUGCUCUCAUCAGUCAUAACACACCUCGUCUUCUCCGUGUCGAUUUCCAACGAUUCCGAUAGCGAAACUCAGGUCUCAUAUAAGGGUGAGACAAUACGCCCGGAGCAAAACUACGGACCUCCUGACCUCCUAGAGCUUAUUCAGAAACGCCGACUUGCCGUGAUCCAAAAGCUCCUGGACUUCUACCACGAACAAGUCAACCGCCGCACCACGGACACCCCUGAUCGCACCUUUUCCGGGUCCUGGGACCCCGCGGGGACGCAGCGCGACUGCCAGGUCCUGGGGUCCACGUCGAGGAGCCAACGGCAGCGGCUCGAGGAGCUCGGCCCGCUCCCGGCGCAAGCCACCGCCGUCACCCAGAGCGCCAACGCCAUCAUGCAGGCCCUGUCGGACGUCUUCGCCCGCGGCCGCAGCCUGCAUCGCGACCGCAAGAGCCGCGAUCCAAGCUUGGCGUACCAGGACCUUCUGGCCACGAUCGAGGAGCUGAAGAUGGAGCGGGACGUGCUGGAGCCGCACCACAAGGAGCGCUUGGCUGCGCAGCGUAUGAAGAUGGGCCUCGGCACAGGCGCGAGCUGAGCGGGUAGGUAAUAAUAAUAAUACCCAGGUGGAACGCUUGUACAGACCACGGGUUUGGUUAGCAGGGAGAACGUGCCAGCAUAGAUAUCUGAGCAUGAAAAUUUGAAAUUGGUAGAGGGAAGCAGGAACGCAGUUUUC